AUGAGCCUUCUCAAGUCAUUACUGAUUCCUUUUUCAGAACAGUAUGCUAACAAACAAAGACUCCGAGCAGUUCCAGUCUGUCAGAUUCUACCAUUUGGGUCUUAUAGUCUAGGUGGUCAUCUAGCAAAUGCCGACAUCGAUGUUGUGUGUCUAGCCCCAUCCACAGUAAAAAGACGCGAGUUUUUUUACAUAUUUGCAAACCUAUUACGCAAGAGCCACUUGGUUAAAGGAAUCGAAGUUGUUGAGCGUACUGCUGUACCUAUCAUAAAGUGUUCAAUUGACUCCAUCAUGACAGACAUAUCAUUUGUGUCAUUGAAACAACCUAGUAUACCUCCAAAUAUCAAACUAUUGGACGAUGGAUACCUUGAAGGUUUAGAUAGUGUUUGUCUAGCUAGCAUGGAUGGUCCAAGAGUCAACCAAUUCAUUUUGUCAAAAGUGGAUCUGCAACACAAACAAGUUUUCCAACAAGCAAUGCAAGCAAUAAAACAUUGGGCUACACAACGAUGCAUGUAUGGAAAACCUAUGGGCUAUCUCAAUGGUGGAACAUGGACACUCUUGCUCUUAAAGACAUACACACAAGCAUCUCCCGAAUCUCUGACAACCCACGGGUUAUUGCAAGCAUUUUUCUGUAUGUGGGCCGAAUGGCCAUGGCCCGUUCCUGUCAUGGUUACAGAUGGUAUACCCGACAAGAGAGGACAAACUAUUCCCUACAAGUCACUCCCCGAGUCAGAAACUGCCGUUAUGCCCAUCAUCACACCUUGUUAUCCUGUUAGUUUCUCAGCUCCAUUCACCACACUGUCUACCUUGAAAGUCAUGACUAAGGAAUUCAAAAGGGCAUCUCUCAUUCUAGAUUCCUAUUUUGAUCAAUCUGAAUCCAUGCUUGACAAGUUAUUUUCCGAAUUUGAUAUCAUAAGACCAUACAAACAUUUCUUAAAAGUAGUUGUGAGUUGCGAGACUCAAAAGAGUCAUGAAACAUGGAUUCGUAAAAUGGCUGUUGCUAUUCCUAGAUUUGUCACUAUGCUUGAGCAAGUAGACGACAUUAUUACAAUACAUCCCUUGACUAGGCCAGUUAAGCGGAUUCAGAAUUACAAGAGCAUUUAUGAAAAAAAUGCAUUGAGAGCAGGGGAGGACUCUGAUGUUGCGAGAGAGCAAUCGUUUGCAACAGCCCUUUCUCCUGGUGUGUUACUUAUGACCUGGUACAUUAUUGGGCUAGAGGUGAAAAUACCUAAAAAUGAAGAUCGUGUAUUGGAUAUAUGUUCAGAGGUAGACGACUUUAUACGUACAAUUGACGAAAAGCGAAACAGUAAGGAUAUAGAUAUGACCGUUUCCGUGGUUUCUAUGAAAAGGUAA